UCUAAAAAACCAUUGAUUACAUAAUACACUUUCGUAAUUAGGAAGAUUAGUAAUGUUGGGAUUUCCAUUUAUUGUUUUACAAAAGUUCAAAUAUUGUUUUCUUACACGAAGCGCUCGUAUAGUCUCAUCGAUUGGUCAGGGGUGGCGUGGCGCGCCUUGUCCGAUCAUUAACCCAGUUGUGUGUCGGCGGCGCGGCCGGGCACGCGACCGCCGUCGCUCCAGUCCACCGCCAUGCAACUGCCCGAGCCGCCGCCACCACCGCUCGCUCCUCUCUGGGACCGCGUGCUCCGGGCCCGUGCUUUACCACCCGAUCUUGACGUGCAGCUUCUUUACAUAGCUAUAAAAGAUCGCCUAUCACACCCCGAAUGGGAAGUACGGCUGCACGCUCUUAGAGUGCUCGCUGACUUACUACCAAUAUCCGGUAACGCGCUGUCUUUUCCAUUUGAUCAAGUCAUCGACAAUCUCGGACACAACUCUCCAAAUGUUCGUAAAGCAGCAUUGGAUGCUUUGAAGGUCUUCUGUAGUCACUGCGAGGAUCCCGAUUGUGCGGCUCGUGCGAUUAUAGACAAAUUUUCUUAUAAUAAUAUUAGAGCACAUACAAGUGAUGUGGAUAUAAAAAUAAAUAUUUUAACUGGAUUAAUACUUUCGAUACCGUCUUUGAUAGGUAUUUUGAAACGUAGAAAUUCGAACCUGGAUAUGUUUCCUGUUUUCCAAAUUUUAGGGGAGAAACUUUUUGAUAAUAUGCACAAGGAUGUCGCCCUCAGAUCUCUAAUGAAAUUACGGAGAUUGUGUGGUCCUCGUCAAUACAUGAUAUGUUUUUCGCGUUUGGAUUCAAGAAUUCAAGAUAAAUUUCGUGUUUUAUGUGAAAUGUACGAUGAAGAUUCACAAGAUGUUUUUUACGCUCCGAGAAAAUCCCGCCCACCUGUAGUGCAUAUAAAUCAUAUUUAUAAUAAUUCCAUGAUAAAUCCUAUAUAUUUAUCUACAGAUUCUUCUUCAGAUGAUUCUUAUAGGGUGCCGUUUCAUAAUAGUAAUUACGCUAAAGUUAUAAUAGAAACUGAAAUAAAAUUCGAUUCCGAUACAGCUAUAACAAUGACCGUGUUAGAACAAAAUGAAACGGAAUCGGACAAAAACACAGCAAGCGAUGAUGAUUGCGAUAGUUCUGAUCGUAUUAUGUUAAAGUACAGUGACGUCGAAUCAGAAGAAGAUACUGAUGUAGUUGUGAAGAAAGUGCGCUUCGGUGGUGAAAGUGUAAAAAUUCGGACACCAGAUAGUGAUAAUUUAAUAACAAGUGAAGAAGACGCAAAUCACAAUCGUCCAGCAUUAUUAGAAAAACCUAAAAUCGAAGAUAAAUUAACCGAAACGUCAUCUAUUAUCAAUAAAAUGCAAGAAUUAAAACGAGAGAAUCGUGAAAGAGAAAGUAAUUUUACAUCGAGAAAAAGUGGUAUUCCGCUUCCUAUAAUAUCUAAUAAAGGACUGAAAGGAGUCUUAAAACCUAACAAAGUAAAAAUGAAAUCAAAGUCCCUAAGCGAGCUGUAUGACUAUUUUAAUAAGAAGAGUGAUGUGAUAGACGGCAAAUCGAAAGAAAAUUCAGGAUUUGCUUUGACUCUUACAGAAGUGACAUCUCCUGAUAAAGUGCCUAGUCCAGUAGAACUACAUAGGGAAGUUGAAGUUUUGCACAAUCUUCAAAGAAGCCCUACUCUGUCCCCUCGAAGACAACAAACGCGAUUAAGUCUAGAUAACGACCGAUUCAUCUUGAAUCUGGUGGCGUCAUCUCGUCAUGACAGCAAUCUUCUGUCUCCCAGACCGCCCUCGCCACUGCGAGGUCAUUACGAUUGGGAGGAACUGCACAUCAUACCGCAGCACGUAGCCGUUCAGUUGCAUAACACGGAGAAUUGGAUAGCAGCAGUGAAGGCAGCAGAUUACCUACACAGUAAACUUUUAGAUCCCGACAAUGUGCAGAAACUCGAGCCAGCUGUCCUGUCCUUCGUGCAGCAUAUGUGGGCGAUCAGUGAUGCGGUAUCAGCAGCAAGAGCACCGGCUGAAGGUGCGGUGUGCGCGGUAGUGCGCAGCGGUAGUUCUACCUGCGUGAGACAACUGCUACCCGUACUGAUAGCAAGAAUAGCAAGAGAUCCACCUCCUGCGGGUUUACCCCACGCUCUACUGCAACGAAUGGCUUUACAUCAUCUCGUUGAACUCAUAUUCGAACCUGACAUGAUUAGGGAUUCAGAAAACGGGCAACUCCGAGCAGCUCUUUGCCUAGCUCGUGCGGCAGGACCAGCCGCUGUGUUAUCGGCUGUUCGAAGAAGAUUGUCCGGAUCCUCACGCGCGGACACUUUUUGUAACGAGCUUCGUGAACGUCUUAAUCGGCCUGUCGACAACAUGAAAUGCAACCAAAUCGCCAGCAUUAAUACUUUCGGUAGAAUAUCUCAGUUGCCAGUCCCUGCUCGUCGACGAGCGAGAUCCACUCCUCCAGCUGCGCCACCACCCCGACCUCGAAGGUUAAGACCUUUACCGGACUCCGCACCUUUACCCGGUAUAUCUCAACCCGGCCGACCUGACUUAUUCUUAAAGCCUUUGUCAUCAAUGAUUCUUCUUGAUGGAGACUCGAGCGCCGUUACUGCCUCCGCUGAAGAAACCGAAGAAAAUAAAAACAAAAAGAACGUCGAGGAUUAUGUUAUUGUUGAUGGUUCCACAGAUAUUGGAAACAACAUAGAACCAACACAUCACGCUUCUGUGUCACGAACUCCAUCUAUCCAUGUCGAAGAUCUGUCUGAAAAAUCGUAUCCAUCUUUAGGCAGUGCUGAAACAGCUGGUGAACAGUGUUCAGUUCAAAGUGAUAAUAUUCAUGAAGAAAUAACACAAGAAAGAGAGGAUGAAUUGCUACCACCGCCUGCGAUAGAUGUUCUACCAACAUUAACAACAAAUGACAUCACACAAUCUUCAACGACCCUUGAUGUUCUACCAACAUCAACAACAAAUGACAUCACACAAUCUUCAACGACCCUUGAAAACAUCGAAGUAUCGGAAGAUAAACAACCUAGUGAAAAAUCUUCCCCAUUAAUAAACCGCUCAAAAAGCGCUAGCAAGUCACUUAGUUCCGUGAGAAGUGCAACUACUUCACCUGAGCCUACGAGUGAACCUCUCGAGACCCGAUGUGAACGUGACGUUCGUACGGCUCUUGCAGAAUGUAUGGUUCCUUCCCGAAACGAGGACUGGGAGGCUAUUGUCAAUAGAUUAAUAGAAACUGAACGACUUGCUAAAGAUCAGGGAGCUCGCGCACCUGCAGCUAGCUGGCGGGCAGCAACGCGAUCCGUCUCCGUGCACGUGCGGUCGCUCCGGUCCCGAGUCGCCAGAGCCGCAUGCUCCACACUUGGAACUUUAUUCGAGCACAGAGGACGUGCUCUUGACCCUGAAUUAGAAGAAGCGAUAAGCGCGCUGCUGGAACGAUGCGCGGACGUGAACCGUUUUCUACGUGCGGAUGCUACUACUGCACUGGGACGUGUGGCGUGUGGUGGUGGUUGUGCACGAGUUGGUGUAGCACUUGCCCGUCGUGGGGCGACACACCGUGCAGGUCCCGUACGCGCUGCCGCAGCACAAACCUUGGCGCGAUUAGUACGACAGCACGGUGCAGCACGAGUACUUGAACUCCCUAGUGAGCCGCGCACAGUAAUGCUGCGUGCAGCCGGUGAAUUGCUAGCAGAUGCAAGUCCAGAAGCACGAAUGCACGCCCGACACCUUUUUUUUGCAUUGUCCGAAGAUACGCGCUUUAGACAAAUGCUUAAAGAAGCUAUGCCACCUAGUCGAUAUCGUGCAAUUGAGAAAUUCGUUGAUAAAUUACGAUGUCGAUAGUAAUACAAAAUAAUUUUCUUGAUACUUUACAAUUACAUUGUUUAUAGAUUAGGAUAUCAAUUUUGUACAAAUCCUUGAAUGUAAAAACCCUUGAAAAAAUAGCUUGAUGACUCAGAAAGGAAAAACUAUACCUACUAACAAAUACUAUAAGAAAGUUUGACUUGAAAAUUAGAUACAUACAAAUAAUAAUAACAAACAAUUUAAUAUAUUACGCAAGUACUUACUCAAAUGCAUUGUACAUAUAUUUUCGAUUUCGUUUCUAAUCGAAUUGAAUGACAUUACGAUAUGACUGAUUCGAGCAAAGAUAUUUUUAUAACUAGGUAAAUUGUAUGAGAACUGAAUUUUAUAUGAACCUUGGAUUAAUCCUUUCUACAAAAAAAAAAUAUAGCUCCUUAUUUGGUAAAUUUUCAUAAAUUUGUUUUCAUAUCUGCAUACGAGACUCAAAUGGAAAUUUUAAUACCAUCAAGAUUACUUAAGUUUUUUUUAAUGAUACGUCGAAAAACAAAAUACACUGUUUCGAUAAAUAAGUAAAAUAUUGAGUAAAAUUAUGAAUAAAAUUAAUGUUACGUAUGUUCGGUUCUUUAAAAGAAUAUUAAUUGUUA